GCGUUACAGGUGCACCCGCUGCUGCUUGUCUCCGCUGGACAUUGAGGGGGGUGACUCCGGGUGUACGCCCGGAAGUGACAUCACCAUUCACCUGCUGCUCGGUGGGCAGUGCUGGGAGGCGGCAGCAGCAGCAGCACAUCGGGACUGGAGAGAUAGCGGCAGCAGCAGCAGCCUCCUCACCGCAUCACUCCGCGCACUCACAGGAGUAGUAGCUGCUGUGUCCGGGCACCGGCGGCGGGGAUACUCCGGCUGUACCCACCUCGCAUAGGGCUCCCGGGAUGGCGCUGCGGCUCCUCCUGCUCUGCCUCUGCUGGGCUUCUUCUAGGGCUCUAGAUUUAGUUCCCUCCGAUACGAAGUUUGAAGGAAUUCAAGGUGGAAAAAUAGCUCUGGAUUGCAAGUUUACAACCACACCGGAGGACACUGGCACAUUGGAUAUUGAAUGGUUUUUAGUGGCAGCCGAUACCCAGAAAGCGGAUCAGAUGAUCAUUAAUUACAAUAGAGAGAUCUUCUAUCAGGACAUUGGGCCUCUGAAAGACCGGGUGCACUUUGUGUCUUCUGAUCCCAAAGAAGGCGACGCCUCAAUAGAAAUCAUUGACUUGAAGGAGUCGGACACAGGUACUUAUCAGUGCAAGGUGAAGAAGCUUCCAGGAUUCAAAAUCAAGAAAUUGCCGCUGACCGUCUAUAUCAGGCCGGCAAGCACAAGGUGCUUCAUUGAAGGAAAGCAGGAGAUUGGGAAAGACCUUUCCAUGAAAUGUGGUUCCAAAGAAGGAUCCAUGCCUCUUACGUACAGCUGGCAGAAAAUCAGUGGGCAGGAGAAGCUUCCAGCAACCGCAACAUCUGAUCCGACUGGAAGUGUGCUUUCCGUAAAAAAUGCAUCUCAGGAACAUAGUGGCACAUACAAAUGCACAGCUCGAAACAGGGUAGGCACCGAUGAGUGCCUCGUCAUCCUCCGUGUCGUCCCUACUCCAAAUACAGCUGGAAUUAUUGCUGGUGCAAUCAUUGGAACGUUGCUGUUCAUUAUACUUCUGGGCCUGUUGAUCUUUUGUUGCUGCAGAAAGCAGAAAGAAAAAAAGUAUGAAAAGGAAAUACAACAUGAAAUUAGAGAAGAUGUCGCUCCUCCCACAAGCCGUAAUUCUACUGCUCGCAGUUACAUAGGAAGCAACCACUCUUCUCUGGGAUCGUUGUCUCCGUCAAAUAUGGAUGGCUACUCAAAGUCUCGAUACAACCAUGUACCAAGUGAAGAGCAUGAGCGUCCUCCAAGCACUGCACCAAACUUCAUAUCGCCCAAGUAUCACGGCUUAACAGUGGUAUAAACUGGACUACACACCCAGCACGCAGUGAGUGGGGCAGAUAUGGGAUUCCUGUUGUUGAUGCACUGUUAUAUGAUGAGUUUUACCACUCCCCUGCCGCCCAACAAAGUCAGCGGUGUUUACACGGCCGGCACGGUUUCUGCCUUCCCUGAGGAUUUCUUGAAGACUCGGGAAUACUUUAAGGUUGUGAAUAUUAAUGAAAGAAGAAGGUUAAACGAAGAAGAAGAGACUUUUUUGUAGCUGAAGAACUCAAUACUGUCCUGCAGUUCAGGGGUGCAGCACAGGGUUAUGGGUGCAGCUACCAAAACAAACUACAGUAACAUUUCAAGCAGUUGCAAUAAGUAACAAAUUACUGUGUCAGCCGGUAACGCGGUGCGUCCUUCAAUCAACUCGAAAAGCCUUUGGUGACUAUUACUAUUAAUGUAUAUACACAUUCAUAACUACCGGACCAUAGGUAAUCCCUUGAAACUUAACGUUUACUCAUUUGUUUUCUAACAAUCCUUUUCAUUUUGGCAUCUCCAAAAAAAUUUAUUUUGUAUUUAGAAUUCUAGGAUAAAUUUAUGACUUUACAGUAUUUUUUUUUCUCAAGCUGAUUUUGUUUUUUGCUUUGCUGUCAUCAAGAAUUUGAGUUUAAAAAACAAACAAAAAACGAGUUUUAUAUUUCUUUUGGAUUAACUGACAGAGCUGAUCUUUAAUGCUAUGCAGAAUGUUAUGACUACUUUGUAACGUGCCUUUAGUCUGGGAAAGAAACCUAUAAGUCCUCAGACUUUUACUCGUGCCCUGAAUGGCAAACAAAGCAGAGCCAAUCGCAGAGCUGCCUGAGGGAGGAAGAAGGAGCAUUGCGUGCAUUGGUAGUCCGCAUGGAAAGAGAGGCGAACUAUUGAAAAUGCUACACAAUCAGUGUAAAUAGAAGGCUCAUAUAUUUCCAUUCACUUUAUACCAGUGCUGGCUGCAUGUAAAACUGUGGUCGCUAUCUCUGCCUGUAACACGCCUGAAAGUCCAAUGUUCUGAGUUUGCUUCAGGUAUAAUAAGAACAAGCACCAAUAAUAAAAUGUAUGUAAAUAAUCUGCAGUGCGGACACUUACUGUACAGAAAUAUCAGAUACAUACAGUCCAUUUACUGUUUAUACAGGGUGAGGCAAACAAAAACCUCCCAGAUUGUAAAGGUUAAAAAAAAAGAAAUGCGAUUAAAAAUGUUAGUACAUAGUCUAAAAGUGCAUGGAAUACAGUUCAUUAUCAAUUGGUUUUGAAUAUAAUACAGGUUGAGUAUCCCUUAUCCAAAAUGCUUGGGACCAGAGGUAUUUUGGAAUAAUUGCAUACCAUAAUGGGAUAUCAUGGUGAUGGGACCUAAAUCUAAGCACAGAAUGCAUUUAUGUUACAUAUACACCUUAUACACACAGCCUGAAGGUAAUUUUAGCCAAUAUUUUCUAUAACUUUGUGCAUUAAACAAAGUGUGUCUACAUUCUCACAAUUCAUUUAUGUUUCAUAUACACCUUAUACACACAGCCUGAAGGUCAUUUAAUACAAUAUUUUUAAUAACUUUGUGUAUUAAACAAAGUUUGUGUACAUUGAGCCAUCAAAAACAAAGGUUUCAGUAUCUCACUCUCACUCAAAAAAGUCCGUAUUUCGGAAUAUUCCGUAUCUUGGAAUAUUUGGAUAUGGGAUACUCAACCUGUAUGACCAGAUGGUGGCCUUCAUUGGCGAUACACAUUUGUAGUCCAUUUCUGAAGUUUCGCAUCAGUCGGCAGUCAUUUCCGGCGUUAUUGCUGCAAGUUCCUGAUGAAGCUCACUUUCAUUUGUGUGACCGUGUUAUCAAGCAGAAUUUUUCGUUACUGGACCGAAAACCAUCCUCAUCAGCUUCAUGAGAGGUCUCUGUACAGCCAACGGGGCCAUCUGACAGCUGAGGUCUACAAACAUUGACUAAGAACCAUUAAUAAGCUGAAGGCUGCUAUAUGCCAAGAAAUGACGAGAUCAUAUUCAAAAGCAACUGAAAAUAAACUGUAUUCCAUAUACUUCUAGAUUAUGUACUAACAUUUUGGAUAACAUUUACCAUGCCUUUUUUUGUUAACCAUUAAAAUCUGGGGGGGGGGGGGGAAAUUUGUGUGCGUCAUCCUGUAUUUUGCAAAUUCCUGUUUGUAUGUAAUUGCCGUUGUUUGGCUAGGAGAUGGCACAGAACAGAUAUGUCUGGCAGACUAUGGAGUUAAUUCAGUUAUGUACCGUUACAACCACAUUGGAACACUCUGCCCUGCGUCAUGAUCUGAAGCAAGUUGCCUAUUUGUGUUAUCUACUUUUAAAGGUGAUUAUUGAAUGUAUCCAAACCAUUUCCCCAUACACUGCCUAUAUAUAUAUAUAUAUAUAUAUAUAUAUAUAUAUAUAUAUAUAUAUAUAUAUAUAUAUAUAUAUAUAUAUAUAUAUAACACACCAUUUACACAUACCUCCACCCACAUCCCACAAACUGAAUUGUUCGUUAUAAUAACGUAUUGUUGCAAUAAGUUGACUCCUUUCAUUAUAAAUAUACACUGAGCAAGAACUGAGGUUAUUAUUUUUUUUUUUAAUAGUUCCCAGUUUUACAGAUGAAUUCCUCAUGGAAUAUUUAUAUUUCAAACUGUCCCUGCAACAGCUAUGUAGAGUUUGGGAACGAAGCCUUCAUCCAUAUUUCAUGGCACCAAAUGUAAUGGGAAUCCAGACGGUAGCACUACAAAGUGAUUUAACGAAAUAGCUCAAAUCAACACAGACUUUAUUGAAUGUGCAUGAAUUUAAGAAUAUUCUGUGAAAUUGGCAUUGUAAGAAUGUUUUCAUUUCCUGAUGCGGAGAACCAAAUCUCACCGACAUUGUGACAAAGUGCUCAGUGAUUGAAGUGUAUAAAAGGCCCCAAAAUCUGAAUAUUUAUUCCCACUUGUAAAGCGCAACAGAAUAUGCUGCAGCUACAGUAUAUAAACGUUAAUAUUUCAUGUCACUCUUACAAACAAGAGUUACAAGAUCGGAGGACAUAAUUUUUUUUUUUUUAAGGAUGAAUAUAUUUACCUUUAAAGCAGUUUUGAACAACAUAACUGUCUGGUGUAUAACUACAACUCCCAGCAAUAUUUUAUUAGUCAUGCUGAGGCGAUUCAUGUUUUCUGGAACAAUACUAUUACACUUUUUUUUAUUGUGAAUUUGUGAAAUGUAAAUAAAGAGACUUUAAUUUUUUUUCA